AAGACCGGGAAAGGGCCUGGAGAGCAUCUCGUGAAACGAAAUUGGAGACCAUUCCAAACUGUGAAUCCUGCACCAAACCCACCACCGAAGAAGUCAAGGGCUGGUCUCAGUCGUUUGACAAGUUGAUGAAAAACCCAGCUGGCAGGAACGUGUUUCGGGAAUUCUUACGGACUGAAUACAGCGAGGAAAAUAUGCUCUUUUGGUUAGCUUGCGAGGAACUCAAAAGCGAAUGCAACAAGCAUGCCAUCGACGAGAAAGCGCGGGUGAUCUAUGAAGAUUAUAUCUCCAUCCUUUCUCCCAAGGAGGUCAGCUUGGACUCCCGUGUCCGUGAAGGCAUCAACCGCAAGAUGCAGGAGCCCUCCUCGCACACCUUCGACGAUGCGCAGCUACAGAUUUACACGCUUAUGCACAGGGACUCCUACCCCCGUUUUCUGAACUCAGCCAUAUACAGAGCUCUGGUCCAGAAUGUCUCUCGGUCGUCUUCGGAGUCUUAAGCCCUUUCUUUACCAUUGAUAGAGACACCAAGCGAAGGAUUUCCUUUCCUACAGCAGGUGUUAUUGGAUUCCUCCCCCCUCUUCUUCUUUUAAAUAUAUAUAUAUAUAUAAAUAUAUAUAUAUAUAUAUCUCCCAAAUGAGCUUACAGAACAAAAUAGACUGAAGACAUAACCCAGCUCGGUUCUGACCACAGACACUAGUCCCGUCGUUGGAAAGGUCACUCCACAACUUCCUGCCGGUUUUUUCUUCCUUCAGAAAAGGGGCCCAUGCCAGCCGCCAUCAAGAACUCCAAACUCAGGCUUCUACUUCCAUUACAGAAUCUGGGUCGGCCCCCCAGCUUAAGAGAUGGAGAACGCUGAACGGAGCAAGCGACCAACAACGGAUUGGGAGGUUGUUCUCUGGGGCCACGUGGCAGAAGAAACUAGGCCAAAGCCCCCCACCUCUCCUGAACGUUUCGAUCUCUCGGAUCUGUGUUUGUUUUUAAAUUCCUUCCGUGUUUAUUAAGAAUUAUUUCCACGGUGUUCUUGUAGACACAACGAUCUCAGAUGGUUCGCGUGGGAAACGGUGGUUAGGCCAACGUUAAUGGGAUUAAGAGACGUUCCGAUGUUAUAAAAGUACGUUCAGGUU